AUGGGCUGGGAACCAUUCAAGAUCACUUACACCAGCGAUUAUUUCCAAGAACUUUAUGAGCUAGCAGUGGAGCUUAUACGACGGGGUCAUGCUUAUGUUGAUCACCAGACACCUGAAGAGAUAAAAGAGUACAGGGAGAAAAAGAUGAACAGUCCUUGGAGAGAUAGACCAAUCACAGAAUCAUUAAAGCUGGUUGAUGAAAUGAAACAAGGCAUGAUAGAGGAAGGAAAGGCAACACUUAGGAUGAAACAGGACAUGCAGAGUGACAAUUGCAAUAUGUACGACCUCAUUGCAUAUCGUAUCAAGUUUACUCCUCACCCUCACGCAGGAGACAAGUGGUGUAUCUAUCCAAGUUAUGAUUAUGCUCAUUGCAUUGUGGAUUUGAUUGAAAAUAUAACACAUUCACUGUGCACACUUGAGUUUGAGACACGGCGUGCUUCAUACUACUGGUUACUGGAUGCACUGAGCCUUUACCAACCUCAUGUAUGGGAAUACUCUCGUCUGAAUGUCACCAACACAGUGAUGUCUAAUGUAAGUUGAAUUGUCUUGUUACAGAAAAGUGGGUUGAUAGUUGGGAUGAUCCAU